GCUCCAGCGCUGAAAUUCAAAAUUUGAACGGUUGUUUUUGUGCAGGGAGUAAGAAGGGGAAGGGAAGAGAAGCCGUUCAGACCCACGUCCUGUUUGUGUACACGGAGUGCGCACAGCGUUUUAACAGUGUUGUUGAAAUAUUCGAUAGGGAUAAACUGUCCGAAAUGGAUCCAUUUACUGAGAAACUGUUGGAGCGGACUCGGGCUCGCAGAGAAAAUCUGCAGAAGAAAAUGGCAGAGAGACCAAAUGCAGCAAACAGACAGAUGGUCAAACGGCCCAGAGAGCCGCUGGCUGACACCAAUAGUGUGAUCAUUGAGCCGGUCAUUGAUAAAGUUCCACAGGUGUCGUCCAACCCUUCUCCCUCCAAGCGCAGGUGCUCAGAGGAAAAUCUCUCGCCUGCAGCCGGUGAGGAAAACCAGAAGCCCAUGACGACACGGGCCGUGACUCCGAUGCUCUCGGAUCCUCCCACAGACAAGAAACCCCCGGUGGGGCCUGCCAGCAUUCGUCCUGCCUCCUCCCUGGACAAGACUGCUACCCGGCCUGCUGUCCAGCCUCAGCCAGGGCAGCUGAAAACCCCAGAGCCAGAGAAAAUGACUGUCACCCCAGCUCCUCACCCUCCAAGCAGCAGAGAAGUAGAGAUGGUGCCUGCCAGUUCAGCCUUGCAAAGCAACAAGAAGGACCUGGUGGAAGUCACAGCUCCACCUGCUGCUGGCAUGAAGUCUCGUCUGCAGAGGCUCGCACAGCAGAGAAAGUACUGGGAUGGUGACGACUCCUCUGAUGCGGUUCCAGACUGCACUCCCCUGUCCCCGUUGAAGAAACAAGCUGAGGUCGCAGCAGCUGCCGUCCCCACCGUGUCCUCGGACACUCCGGUUGGGAGGAGAGGCAGACUCGCCAACCUCGCUGCCACCAUCGGAACCUGGGAAGACGACCUGAGCCAUGCUACCAUUCCCAAAGAGACUGCAAAAGAGAAGCCUGUUCAUAAGUUAGCAGUCAGAGGCGCUGCGCUGCCUUCCAGCACUAAACCAGGUGCUGCAGGCCACGUGGUGGCCAGUUCAACGGCAAGCAGCAAGUCUACACCCAGCUCUCAGCAGAUUCUGAAUUUACCAGCAAAGCCAAGCCGAGUGGUUCUCCCAAGCCCUCAGGAGGCUGACAUUCCUGCAGCCAGGCCAGCACUCAAGUCAGGAAUCAGUCCUCAGAAGAGUGCCCAUCAAGGGGUGACCUUCCCCUCUAGUCCCCAAAAGAGUGCCCCCCAGGUAAAGGCCUUCCCAUCUAGUCCCCAGAAGAGUGCCCUCCAGGGAAAAGCCUUCCCAUCUAGUCCCCAGAAGAGUGCCCUCCAGGGAAAAGCCUUCCCAUCUAGUCCCCAGAAGGCUGGUCCCUCCUCUUCAACAUCAGUGCCUCAAAGUCCCGUGAGGAAUCAGGCCCUCUCUAGGGGUCUCACCUCCAGCCCCCAGAAGCCAGAACUCCGUGCCAAGCCCACAACUACUGGAUCCUCUGUCCCUCAGGAAAUGGCCACUGCUGCAACACCUGGUGUAAAAUCUUUUCUGGAGCGUUUUGGUGAGAGGUGCCAGGAGCGCACCAACCAGUGCUCCCCAGCUGGGGGUGCUGCCCAGCCCAAGACUCCCACUGUAACAUCAGUCACACCAAACACCAGACUGGUACAGGAGAGACUCAAAGCUGCCCGGGCUGCAAACACAACCACUGCUGAUCUCACCCAAAGACAGAAGAUGGAGCGAGAGUCUGAGCUGGCUCAGAUUCGUAGCCGGUUUCAGAAGAACAACAAUAUGUGGGAAAACAAAGAUGAAGCAGCAGAAACCAAUAAAUAUACAGACAUCAAGGAACAGGUUGCCAAGCCUGUGGAGGCUGAAGGUCCCCGACGUGCGCCACAGGAUGAACCCACAGCCCCUUCUGCUGAGAGUAUGGCUACACCCACAAAGUGCACUCCUCUAGAUCCUGUGUUGAUGCUCUCGCCUCCCACCUCAACAUCCAGUCCUCUGAGGGUGGUCGGUCCUGCUGUAGAGAAAACAACUGAUAAAACUUCAGAAGAAGAAGAGGAGGAGGUCAAGGAGAUAGAGAUGAAUGUGGACCAGUCCAUCAACUCUGCUGUUAUCAACGACCUGUUUGAUAGAGCCCUGGACCAGAGUGAUGAUGAUGACGAGGAGGAGGAAGAUGCUUUGAAUAUCUCCUCCAUGUCUCUCCUCACUCCACUAGCAGAGACUGUGGCUGCUGUGGUGAAGAGUCCAGAGAGACGAAUGAUGACGUCAACUCCAGCCAGCUCAUUCAAUGUAAAGAGCAACCCUUCAGGCAACGUUUCCAAACCCAGCAAGUUCCAGAGAACCAACAUGACGCGGACCGCCUCCUCCGAGGCCUUGGACGAGGACCACAAACUGCCGUAUAGCAUUGAUGCAUACAGGUCCACCAGGGUGAAAGAGACCGAGAGGCCCGCCGUGAAACAGGUGAUUGUGAGAAAAGAGGACGUUUCUCACAGAGCAGAGGAACCAAGAGGAUCCGGUCUCUCCAGCAUCAAACAGAGGAUGAAGAUUCUGACAAAUGACAUGAACCUGCAACAGACAGUCAUUCAUCAGGCCAGCCAGGCGCUGAACUGCUGCACAGAUGAAGAGCACGGCAGAGGAUCUCAGGUGGAGGCUGAAGCCGAGAGGCUGCUGCUGAUAGCAACGGAAAAGAGGGAAGCUUUGAAGGCAGAGCUGGACCUUCUGAAAGGGGACCCAAAGGGCCAGAAAAAGGCCUCUGCAGCCCCAGAACCUUCUAGCAUGUCUCCCUCAAAGGGCUCCAUCACCCUGCAGGAGCUGCGCCUGCCUCUCAAGGCAGACUUUGUCUGCUCCGUUGCCAACAAGCCAGAGUCCACCAAACACUCGUUCUUCAUAAUGAUUCGUGCUGGAGCGGAGAACACGGUGGCCACGCCUUUAGCCAGCACACACCACGGCCUCAGUGGGGACACCCUGGCGUUCCCUACCAAGUUCACCAUAUCUGAUGUCUCCAGUGACUUUGACAUUGAUAUUGAGGUGUAUUCCUUGGUGCAGAAGCGUGACGUCUGCAGCGACAAGAAGAAGAAACCCAACAAGUCCAAGGCGAUCACUCCAAAGAGAUUCCUCGCCAUCACUAAAAGUGCCCAAACACCAGUUGUGGCCAGUCCAGGAGGCCCCAAUGCUGUUCGCACCAGUCACUUCGUCCUGGUUGGAUCACACAAGCUCACCCUGUCCUCUAUUGGAAUUAACAAGUUUCCUUUGGAGAAGGUGCCAUUCUUGUGCCCUCUGGAGGGCCACGUCUACCUCAAGAUGCAGUGCGAAGUUGGCUCCAAAGUGGAGGAGAAGGGCUUCCUGACGAUGUUUGAAGAUGUUAGUGGGUUUGGAGCCUGGCACAGGAGGUGGUGUGUCCUGUCGGGGUACUGCAUCUCCUACUGGACCUACCCAGACGACGAGAGGCGCAAGAAUCCCAUUGGGCGCCUCAACCUGUCCAACUGCACCAGUAAGAAGGUGGAACCGGUCAACAGGGAGUUCUGUGCCAGACCCAACACGUUUGAGCUCAUCACAGUCAGACCCCAAAGAGAGGACGACAAAGAAACACUCGUGAGCCAGUGCCAGAAUACCAUGUGUGUCACCAAAAACUGGCUGAGUGCCGACUCGAAGGACGAGAGGAAUCUGUGGAUGAGCAAACUGAACCAGAUCGUGGUGGAUCUGCGUAUGUGGCAACCGGACUCCUGUUGCGGCCCUCUGUGAUCACUGCACUGUGUCACAGACAGCUCCUCUACCUUCUGGACAAUAUCAGUGACGCAUGCAAUUAUAAAGUGCAAUACAGUUUAUGAAUUGGUCAAUAUUAUAAACAAUCAGACGCGUACGUUAAAGAUCAGAAGAGUGAGUAAAUAAAGCCAUCGAGAUAUUUCAGGACAGUAUUGUGUGCAGGAGUCGGGGUUUUGGCACCAUCUUUGUUUAUAUACAUUUCCAGACUGGUUUCAUAUUCUAAUGUGUUGGGGUAUUUUUUUAUGUUAAUGCCAAUAUUUAGUGUCCUUGACACAAUGCAUGGCUUUAAAUUAUUUGGUUUCAAGGCUGGAAUCAAUGUAUAUAAAUUCUGUUGAAAUCACAGAUACAUACUGAG